UAUUUAAGUCUGAUGGUAAUCAAUAAGAUUUCCUAAACUUUACAGAAGUCACUUACAUGUACGAACCGGAUAGAGAUAUACUCAAUAUGUGCUACAGGCUGCUUUCAAGUCUGAUUACAGCAGGGGAAUACCUAAACCAACUUUUACCGCUUUCGACGCAUGCGUAGUGUGUUUGUACGAACAGUAUCAAACGUGUGCCGCGUGUGAGGUGUGGACCACUAAUCUCUAUGUGUGGACGUGGUGCCGACGUGUAACGUUUCUACAUCUGCAAUACUAUGUAGACUGAUGACCUGUGAUUUCCCCCAGAGUGAGCACAAGAACCAUCCACACCAUGCUUGCCUUUGCCAUCUUUGCUGUGACGUUUGUCGUGGCGCUGAUCGUGGCAGUCUUGUACUUUUACCCGGGAUCGGCUAAGAGAAGCACUAUCCCUGGCAUGGACCCUUCCGACCAAAGGGAAGGUAAUCUUCCAGACUUGGCAGCUGCUGGAAGCAUGCACGAGUUUCUCAUCUAUCUCCAUGAGAAAUAUGGACCCAUCGCCUCCUUCUGGUUUGGGCCAAAGUUCACCGUCAGCAUUGCCUCACCGGAGCUGUUCAAGGAGCAUAUUGGGCCAUUUGAUCGGCCCCCCGAGCUCUUCGCUUUGUUUGAGCCCAUGAUCGGCAAGAACUCAAUUCAGUAUACCAACAAGUCCGACGGCCGGAGCAGGCGCAACAUUUACGACGCCCCGUUUGGGCACGAGAGUCUGAAGUAUUUCUACGAGACUUUCAAUGAGCUAGCGAAUGAGCUUGUGAAGAAGCUAUCAGGAGUACCAAAAGAUGAACACCUCCCACUGGUCGAGAACUGCCAUGCCAUCGUUAUCAAAGGCCUGACGCAAACCUCCUUUGGGGAUUACUUCAAGGACGAUGCCAACAUUCGCAAGUUCUGCCAUUCCUAUGGAAUUUGCUGGGAUGAGAUGGAAGCUAGUCUAACUGAAGGUCUACCAGAGGAGGGCAGUGACAGAGACAAAAAGUUCAAGGAAGCCUUGGCUUUCCUGCAUGGAACCGUCCGUGACGUGAUCAAGCAACGCCAAGAAAACCCAACAGUCGGGCACCAGGUCUUCAUUGACGUGCUGAUCGAAAACGAGCUGCCCGAGAGUCAGAUACUAGAUGAUUGCAUCAGCUUCAUGGUGGGCGGAUUCCACACUUCUGGACAUUUGCUGGCCUGGGCGAUAUACUUCCUGGCAACCCAUAAGAAAUGCCAAGAGAAGCUGUACCAGGAAAUCAAGGAAAUCAUCGGCAGCGAUGAGGUCGAGCCCUCGCAUCUUGGACAACUUAAAUACCUGCGUCAGGUGCUCGAUGAGAGCCUCCGCGUAUCUGUGCUUGCUCCGUAUGCCGCCCGCUUCCAGGACAAUGAAUCUGAACUCGGGGGUCAUGUUAUCCCCCCAGGGACUCCAGUGAUGCAUGCGUUGGGUGUUGUGCUUCAGGACAAAGAGCUGUGGCCUGAACCCAAGAAAUUUGAUCCAGAGCGCUUCAGCGCAGAGAGGAUGACCCAGCGUCACCGCGAUGCCUUCAAGCCGUUCGGCUUUGCUGGCAAGCGCAUUUGCCCCGGCCAGCACUUCUCGUACACCGAGGUGUCGGUGUUCCUGGCCAUCCUCUUUCGGGCUUUCACGUUCAGUCUGGUGCCUGGGCAAGUGGUGGAGCCCAAACACGGCCUGGUCACCUCACCAAAGGAAGAAAUCUGGGUGACCCUUGAAAAGAGAGACUAGAUCAGCUGGUCCCACAAAGAGGCAUCAAACUUUUCAGCAUAACAUGUAUAGGUCAGGUUGUAUUGAAUUCCUUAGAGAGACUGAGAUUUGAAAGCUUAUCAUGUCUUGCCAAAAUGAACUCUAAAAUCUUCAUACAAAAUCCCAACUUCUCUGGAGAGAAAUGUAGAGAAAAAGUCGCAAAAUAUUUGGGCAAAAGGUUUUUCAGGACUCACUGGCUUUGUUACUGUGUUGUUGGAGAUGCCCCUGAUCAGUCUGGAGUAUUACCAUAUCUGGACGGCCUAUUGCAUCACAAAUCUCACGCAAUCUGACCAAUCACAAGGCUUGUUCUAGCAGCCAGCAAUGGUUCGUAUGAGUGUUUCCAUGUUAGGGGGUGCUUUUCUUAAGAACCCUGCCCGAAGCGGUUGUGGAUCCAUUUUGGAGUGCCAUUUUGCUAAUUUCUUGAUUAAAAAAAUAUUACGGCCAACUAAAAAACAAUAAAUAUAAAACACUAGUUAGUAUAUCAUAGUGUGGAAGUAAAUCAUGUAUAUCCCUGGCCAGUCAGAAAUGUUCAUUUAAGACCAGAACAGGAGAAUGGACCCUGAUAAUGCCCAAGUGGAAGGAGACGGACAUUUUUAUCAGGGUCCAGUCCUCCUGAGCUGGCCAAGCUCGUAUUUGUUCCCAAGUCAUACAUGUACAUACCUUUUGAGUCACAAAGUCAUAAUUAUUUUGAAACCUAUAAAUUUUGAACGAUUUUGCUGGACAGUUUUAAAUUACACGUGCAUUAUUAGUUAUCACAUGAGCGCAAGUGGAACACAGAUGCACUCUAUUAUUCUGUGUUCGGCGAACACGAGCGCGAUAACGGAUUUAUCUUCAAGCAAACGUGAUGCACUGUAAAGAUGUUAUAGGGGCGUAUGCGCGCAAACGCGCCACCUUUGAAUGCUUUUAGCAUAAAAAUAGCACAGUGUGUUGAGUUGGAACGGCGCAUCAUGCGGGGUUUGACAUGAACCGUGCAAUACAGUUAUAUAUCACAUUGUUUGUUACAACGGAUUGGCCAGUCAGAAUUGAGAAUUCAAGUUUGCCUGAAGAUAAUGUAUUUUGUUCAGGCACCCUUCUUGCCAUUGUACUUAUAAUUUUCUCACCAGUGUUCAUAAACAGUCUUCUCGAGCCUAAUUUGGAGAUUGGCCCACAUAACGUGAGGUGACACAUACUCAUCAGGCUGGCCAGUGACUGCUUUGCCAACCUGUUACGAUUUCUAUAAAUACUGAUGUAUACUACUACAAUACUUGGUUUGUAACAGUUGGAUAAAUGCUUAUUACGUAAGCUUGAAGCAUCUUCCAUUUUGAUGGUGUCACUAUUUUCCGAGUAAAACGUGGACUGUUCUUUGAAUGAGCCCUUGCUAAGCUUUAUUGGUUGAAAAAUACAAACCAAUGGGCUAUUGUGUUUUUUGUGUUGUUUGCUGGCUUUUAUGUUCUUUUACUGCAUGGUGUAUUAUCAUUGAACUUCAGAAGGUGAAAAAGUGAUUAUUGGGCUUUGUUCAUUUGAUAAUUAGUUUGAUAACUGUAAGUAACGUAUAGCCAGGUGCCUUAUUUUGAUGCUUCUCGGCUGAUAUGGCUGAGUCAAUUCAAAUAGUUCAGUAUUCGAAUAUUCGAUUUCCAUUUGGUCGAUUAUUUGGUUAUAUGGUUAUUUGAUUAUUUAGUUAAGUGCCAGCUUUGUCAAAUUGCGUAUCUGUCGAAAUUGCUCCCGGGGCCAUCUUGAUGGCCUAACGCAACGGACGCGUGUUAUGUCAGUGGGGUUGACUUCGGUGCCGUGAAAGUGAAACGCAUGAACGCAUCGCCUACGCAACGCAGCCAAAAAACGUACAUAUGAAAAAGCGUAUUUAACCAGUCUAGGCAAUCUAACCAGAGCCUCGGGUCGUAUUGGAACCGGCCCAGUCGUCUGCGGCUGUAGCUCUUCACUGUGGUGCACUAAUGCAAAAUGGCAAGACACCUUUACCUUUGUUUAUCAUCGUGCAGCAGACAAGGUAGAAAUGCCGCAAGGCCCCUUGUGAAUGAUAAAUCUUCACAUCUGACUCCAGUUUAGUAAAACGAUUUCACCUGAUGGUGGUGAUUCAGGCAUUUUUUCUGCUAUUCGGCUGAAGAUGAUGGGAAAUGUGCAGUGCACAUGCAUACAAUUUUAUCUUAAUGACGUCUUGCACAUUUUCAUUAAAUUUACCUUCAAGAAUUCUUUCCUGUCGCAGAGUUUAAAUAAAACGAUAUCUUAGUUUUUCUUAAACAUUUGAGCAUAAAAUGCUGAUUCAUGUAUUGCUUCAGAGAUAGAUUUUGAAUAGCUUGACAUGACUUUAACUUUACACGAGCAUGCAAUGCUUCAAUAACUUUACUUUGAGAUCGACACACUGAACUUUAACCCAACAGGGUCCAAUUCUGUUAAUCUGAUUUGCAUUGUAUUGGUUGAUAAUCACUAUAAUGUGCAAGCAUAAUGUAAUAAAAUCUAGUGGGCUUAGAGGA